GCUAGUCUGUAUCGUGGGCUCACAAAGGGAAGUGAAACUGUGACGAGAUAUCGUGGCUCUAUCUCGGUUGUAUCCCAAGGAACAGCAACUUUGCAACAGAACUUUACAUUUCGACCACCAAGAUUGACGCUGAAGAAAAUUUUGUCUCAACAAACAGAAUUUCGGGGUAAUAGCUGACGAAAUGCAGGAGUGUUUCCAUCCGAUGUGAGGAAUUUGAGGCAACUUCUUUGUCGGCCGGCCGGUGUGCCAUCUCCACUUCACAACACUCUCUGUCUCAGACAUAAAGGCAUAUUUGUUCAGCUUUUGCCGUCAUUUGUGUGUGCUGUUCGAGUUACUCCAGGCCGUACCUGAAUCACAUUUCCAUGUUAAAUCAUGGCAAGAGGACAACGGUAGCGCAGGACACCCGAAAUAAGUUUUGGAGUUUAGGCUGAUGAAUGCUUCAUUGACUUUCAGUCAAAAUACACAUUCAGGGUCCAUGGGGGCCUGAGGGAACAGGCACCGAUCACGAUCUUUACAUUGUUAAAAAUUCGUUAAGUCCUCGUCAAUUUUAAUUCUAUUAUCGAAGUGUAUAAUUAUUGCGGCUUUCAAAAAUGAGGCUAAGCUUGAAACGUAUUUUCAAAGUAGCUCUUUUAGCCUUCACCUGCUUGAUGGUCUACAUGAUUGCGAAUCUCGGAAAUAUCAGAGAUCAUGAUAACUCAGAACACUCACCGUCGGGGGCUGCUAAUCUGGGACCUUUAAAGAACAUUGAGGAUUUUUGGACACCAGAAAAAACCAAAACAAUAAUUACAGGUCCGGGUGAAAAUGGUGAACCCGUGGAGACAAAAGCUGAGGAUGAAUCGAAGAAAGAUGCGGCAUACUCCGAGUUUGGAUUCAAUCAAUUUGUCAGUGAUCAGAUAUCUUUGGAGAGGACUAUCUCUGACACACGACAUCAAGCAUGCAAACAGCGCUCCUACCCUAUAAACCUUCCAAAAGCUAGUGUUGUGAUUGUGUUUCACAAUGAAGGCUGGUCCACACUAAUGCGCACUGUUCACACUGUGCUGCUUAGGUCGCCACCACACAUGCUACAGGAGAUAGUGAUGGUGGAUGACUUUAGCAACAAAGAUUUUUUAAAGCAAAAAUUAGAUGACUAUACAAAGAAGCUUGGGAAAAUUAAAAUUGUAAGGACAAAAGAGCGAGUUGGUCUGAUAAAAGCAAGAGUUAUUGGAGCUAACAAUGCUGUUGGAGAAGUGGUGAUAUUCCUGGAUGCACACUGUGAAUGUAACAAAGGGUGGCUGCCACCUCUACUGGAGAGAAUAGCACUGAAUAGACGUACAGCGGUGUGCCCUACUAUAGAUUUUAUUGAUCAUAAAACAUUCCAGUACAAACCUAUGGACCCUUAUAUAAGGGGGACGUUCAACUGGAGAUUUGAUUACAAGGAGAGAGCUGUGCGACCAGAAGAGAUGGCAAAGAGAAGAGAUCCGACUCAAGAAGUGAAAUCACCAGUAAUGGCUGGAGGGCUGUUUGCAAUUAACAGAGAGUUCUUUAGUGAGCUUGGCCAGUAUGAUCCUGGAAUGUUUAUCUGGGGAGGUGAACAGUAUGAGAUUUCAUUUAAGUUAUGGCAAUGCGGCGGCCAGCUUGAAAACAUUCCUUGCUCUCGAGUUGGGCAUGUGUACAGGCACCAUGUUCCGUACACCUACCCAAAACAUGAUGCAACCCUGGUCAACUUUAGACGAGUAGCCGAGGUAUGGAUGGAUGAGUAUAAAGACUGGCUGUACGACAAGCGGCCUGAAAUCAAGAGUGUGGAUUAUGGAGAUAUCAGCGAUCGCAUUGCUCUCCGUAAACGGUUGAAAUGCAAGAGCUUCAAGUGGUACCUGGAGAACGUUGCUAAUGACACGGUCAAGACCAAGUAUGAGCCACUGAGGGCCAAUGGGCAUGUCCGUAAUCAAGGGAAAAACAUGUGUUUGGACUCAAUGGGCCGAAAGGACGGGCAUGUUGGGCUAGCGUCCUGCCAUAAUAUGGGCGGUAACCAGGCGUUCCAGUAUACUUACAUCCGGGAGUUGCGCACGGACGAGACUUGCUUUGAUGUCCAUGAGAGCUUUCCUGGGGCAAAGGUGCACUUCUUCCCCUGCCACGAAAUGAAAGGAAACCAAGAAUUCCUUUUCACUGAGGACAAGCACAUCAAACACCCAGUCUCUGGCCAAUGUAUGUCUGUCAGUAACAACCAAGAUUAUCCAAUCAUGGAGCGAUGUGCCAACACACCUGACCAAAUAUGGGAAUUGCAGCUUUCCGACAUGUCUUUCGUGCCUCCUUUGUACAGAAAAUUUCAGAGUGGACCGAUUAGCGAUUCUUAAAAUUUCAAAAAUAUUAUAGCAUAAACAUAUAUAUUAUAGUAUAUUUUACUACUAUGCUAAACAGUAUUUACAUUUGUAAUCUAGGAAAUUCUUUACAAAAUAUUUCAAAGAUUCAAAGAACCUUUUCAGAUAGAUGUUUGUAUCUCAGGCUUCAGGCUUUACUGUAAUUGACUAGCUUUGAGUCAACUUCUUUACGGGGACUCCGGGACUAGCACAAAAUAGAGAACUUAAUAAAUUAAUUUGGUAA